GAGGAGGGAAGAAGGAUGGAGGGCUCAAGGGAGAGUGGGAAAACGCAGGCGCGGACGCAGACGCAAUAAGUGGACGAAACGGCGCCGAGCAUUCCGGCAACGGCAGACAACGCGGCACGAUCAAGCCGAGGUAAUCCAUCGUCGAACAUCCUUACUUCGUCUUAUACUCUUAUAGCGUGUACACCGUACGGUAGAGGAGAGGAGGCAAGGAUAUGGGUGUCGUUAAGACCGCGUCGGAGAGCGUCCUCGAGGACAACGUGGUCCCCAGCGAAGAAGCGAAUUAUUCCGUGCAAGGUUAUGCCGAAGAAUGGACGGAAACGUUCCCGUAUCAACUGCUGGUCGGAACAGGAGUGGCGUUGAUGGCUCUAUUACUGCUGGCCGCCGUGAGUUUUCAAUGUUCUUCGACCUGGCAAUGGUUAAUGAGGGUGAGACGGCACAUGAAGGAAGAGGACGCCGAGAGCGACUUGUCGCAACAGAACGCUAUACGUAUCAGUCAUUCUCUGCCGGAUCUCCAAUCUGAGCCGAUCACUCAUGAGUACGUCCAGGAGCAAAAGGAUAGCAAAAAGGUAUUGCGCCAGACAACUUUGCCCAUUGUCCCAAUGAGGCACCAGAGCUUUCAGAGGCAGCUCUCUCAUCGCCUCGAUCUGCCCAUCAAAUUCAGCAUCUAUAGUCUGGAUAAACGUAGUGAUUCCAACCUUGGUUUAAUCAAGCCGGAACUUUACAAAAAGGAAUUGGGGGACGAUGCUGAGAGCGCGAGCAUCACGGAAAUGGAGUACGCUGGCAAGUUGCGUUUUGCUCUGCGCUAUGACAAGGAGAUGGAGGGGUUGGUGGUCAAAAUUCUAGAGGCUCGAGAAUUGCCGGUGAAGGAUGUGACAGGCAGCAGCGAUCCCUAUGUGAAGGUAUACCUUUUGCCAGAUCGAAAGAAGAAAUACCAAACUAAAGUGCAUCGAAAGAAUCUGAACCCCGUAUUCAACGAAACUUUCAUAUUCAGCAUGUCGUAUGAGGAAUUGAAGGAGCAGUAUCUUCAAUUUUCUGUUUACGACUUUGAUCGAUUCUCCCGAAACGACUUAAUCGGACAAGUGGUGCUCAAAGAAUUGCUGGACUGCACCGAACAGGAGAUAGAAUAUACAAUGGAAAUUCUGUGCGCCAUGCAGGACAAAGUGGACCUAGGAAAAUUGAUGCUGUCCCUUUGCUAUCUGCCAACUGCUGGUCGGCUAACAGUGACUGUAAUUAAAGCGAGAAACUUGAAAGCCAUGGAUAUAACAGGAUCGUCAGAUCCGUACGUGAAAGUGUACCUGCUGUGCCAAGACAGACGGAUCAAAAAGAAGAAGACCUCUGUGAAGAAGAACACUCUGUUCCCGGUGUACAACGAGAUCCUGGUAUUCGACGUGCCCGCGGAGAACAUCGAGGACGUCAGCCUCAUAGUGAAAGUGAUCGAUUACGACAGGAUCGGCUCGAACGAGUUGAUGGGUUGCACGGCGAUCGGCGCCGAUUUCAUCGGUAUCGGACGCGAACAAUGGCUGAAGAUGUUGGAAAACCCGAGGAAACCUGUGACGCAAUGGUAUCCGCUCAUGGAAACCAUCCCUGGACACAUCCCAUCCGUGAGUUCGGAACCUCUUCCAGUGAGUUUGAGCUGCUUGAACAGCAGAUGAAAACAGCACGGUUGGGAUAAGUAUCGCGAGAAGUCGCAGUUCUUGCCGGAUGUCGGCUUGGGCGUUGUUUCCUUCUGUCGUCAUUUAAUGCACACCGCUUGACUGACUUAAGUACAAUUUCUAUCUCAUCAAAAAAAAAAAAAAAAAGAAAAAAGAAAAAAAAGGAAGACAGUUCGGAAGAAACACACAAAAAUCUAAAAAUAUUUAUUAAAAAAGAAAAAAGGAGAAUGAAAACAAACAAAAAAAAAUUAAAGAAAAAAAACACACUCUGUGCUUUUUGGAGUAUAUACGUGGCGAGAGCGUGAAAUAGUAAACGAGCGAAUAGAUCGUCGUAGAAUGUUUCUAAAAACUUAAUACGAUUGAAAAAGGGGGAUGAAAGAGAAGGUUGCUCAAAACUUUAUCUUUGAAAAAGACAAAGAGAGGGAGGGAAUAACAAAUAAAAUAUAUGCGUAUAGAUAAAUAAAAGAAAACAAAAAAAGAAAAGAAAAAUAGAGAGAAAGAGAGAGAAAGAAUAAACAAGAGUUAGAGAUAACGAAAAAGAUAGAAAAUAAAAAAGAUAGAAUAGUUUAUUUUUUGAGAACGAAUCCAGGCUGGCCCUGUGCAUUCAAACGUACACACAAAUAUGAAAUAUAGUUUAUCAAUUAUUAUAUCAUACGAGCAUACAUACAUAUAUAUAUAUAUAUAUUUUAUCAACGAGAAUAAAUAGUUAUAUUGACUAUUACCUAAUAGAUGGUUGUGAACGAGGUCUCGAAUUUUUACAAAUCAAAAUGGCGGAACACUGUUCGAUGGCUUUCGAUUUCGGGGAUUGAAUAUCCCUCGCAUCCCUUCGAACAAUACCAGCACGAUGCAGGGAUCCGUAUAGACACGUUCAAAUUUCUACGUACGUAUAUUGGAAAAUAAUUGUCUGGCGGAACAGUGAGUCGAAAACUGAAGGAAAAAUCUUCAUUUCGAAAUAAAUCAACGAGACGCGGACAAAAGGAUCAUCGGGCGAUCUAAUGCGAAUACCUAUAGAAUGCGCGUUUUAAAAUUGCUCCACAAUCUCGUAAUGGUCGUCGUCUAUUUUCAAAUUUAUUUUUAUAUUACUCUUUUUUAAUAUAUUCUUUGAUAUAAUUAAAUUCAUCGUGAAUUUAAAUUCUAUAUCUCGAGCUCAAAUAACUCAAUUUUUCUAUUUUUAUUUUAAUAAAAUUAUCGUUUAAUUACUGAAAAUAGAGUUUAAAAGUUUUUUUGAAACAACGAGGAACAAAUAAUUUGAGUUGAUCAAAGUGAUAUAAUUUAUUGGAAUAAUCCCCUAAUAAUAAAUGAACGAAUAAUAUAAUCGGGUCGUUUAUUUUAUCACGGCGUAUCUUGCCACGAAAACGUGCAGUACGGAUAUUUAUAAAAUCGCGCAAGCACUGGUAUCAGCAUUGCAUAAAUUUAAUUUAACGCGACGUGAAACAUAUGCGGUUGCCUAUUAUCCAUAUACAUGUGUAAUGUUAUUAUAGCACAGCUAUUAGCUUUCGAUACGUGAAAUAAAUAAAUAUAGUACAUAUAACAAUAAUCGCUUUCAAUGGUGGCCACAACCGCGGUUAGAUCCAGCCGUGUUAAUCAAACACCUCUUUCGUGCUUCCGAAGUUAAUUGUUUCUGUCGAUCAAUUUAUGCAUGAAAUUCGCGAAGGUCGAAACGUUCCAAGGACAAUAACCAUUUAACCGGAUAGAUUCUCCUCGACUUAGACUUCGAAUAGAGCAAUAUAUUCCUAAACAUAAACGUAUCCGUGAAAACAUCAAAACAACAUGAAAACAACAACGUUGUUCCGUGUUGAAUCGUGCAACGCGAGCACAACAGGAAGCAAGCGAAAAAAUAAAAAAAAAGAAAGAAAGAAAAGAAAAAGAGAGAGAGAGAGAGAAAAGCAUGCCAAAAAAGAAAGAAAGAAAAAAAAAGAAAAAAAGUAAAAAAAGUGAAAAAAAAGAAUAAGUGAUUAGAUGUAGAGGAAGACAAGGUUUACUAAUUCACGCUCUUACGCCAAUUGUUCGCGCAAAUGUUCUUAUUCAACGCGAUAAGUGUUUCGACGUUAAAAACUCGUCGAUAUGUGGACACCGCUUGUGAUAACGCACCCGAAGUACGUGCAUUCACGAGAAAUUGAGCACAGACGAAAAUACAUCUACUUAUUUAUUUAUGUCGUAUGAAAAAAGUAUGAACGUUGGAGAUAAUUUCUAUUAUAGCGUUUGUCUACCUCAUCAUCUAUCUCUUUCCCGCGAAAAGGAAGAAAGGAUUUCUGAAAAAAGAUAGAAGAUAACUUUUUAGAAGGUAAGAGUCGAUUACUUGACAAUUUUGCUUGCUGAAAUUUAUAAGUUAGUUGGAAUUGGAAAAAUUUUUACUUUGUUGAGAAAAGUAUUAUAAAAUAAAAUUUGUAAUAAUAACUCGAAGUAACGAGUUGCAUUGACUAAUUUACAAUUAUUUCAAUAAUGGCUUGAAGAAAAAUAUUAUAGAAUGAUAAAAUUGAAAGAAAUAUUUCGAACGGUGAAACGAACAUUUAUCCAAGAUAUAUCGAUUAUUAUUAUGUAAUAUGAGUUCGUAUGUAUAUUGAAUAAAAAUGUGUGCACGUGCGAAGGGUUGCGUCGUACAGAAGAGUGAAUCGAUACGAACGAUGCGGAGUAUAUAUGAUAUCGCAUAAUUACGUUCGAUUAAUAAAAAUGUAUACCAAAAAUAAUAAUAAUAAUAAUAAUAAUAAUAAACAAAAAAAGUAAAAAAAAUAAAAAAAAAGUACUCACGUGUAUAAUUGUAAAAUUCGAGAACGCGUAAAAUGGCACCAAUAAUUGUUUCUAAUGAUAAGCUUGGUCAAUCGUAAUGGCUCGUAUUUCAUAUCGAUUAACGAUCAGUCAUGAAAAACUGACUGACGCUGCAAUUCUGGAUACACAUGGGCGUCUUUGGAAAAUAGAUGGAUGAAGGAGAACAAUCUAUGUAAAAUGGAAUUGUUGUCCUCAGAUACCAAAUUCGAAUAUCUAUUACAUAUCUUCGAUUAUCAUUAAUUCUGAUAUGAAUUGUUAUUUAGUGUAGAGUAUUAUUUGACAAAAUUUUUCGAAAUAUUAUCCUCGAUAUCAUUUUGUGAAUGUCUGAAUCUCUAAAGAUUGAUUAUCAAAAAUCGAGCGAUAUUUCUAAAGACACUCUGUGUUUCAUGUAGCUGAAAUGAAUAAUAAAAUAUAAACUUAUAUAAAUAUCGAAACAUAGAUUACUAUGAUGACCAUAAAAAAAAAAAAGUAUCCUUCGAAUUAUUUGAAAAACAAACUAUAGCAAAUUAUAAGUGCGUAGUAGGAUAUGAAAUAUGUCAAACCUCAAAUAGCAUUAGUAUCGUAGGCAAAAUAGUGCAAAACGUCAAAAGCUUUUUAGUAGUUAAUUCUUUGAAAUGUAUAAAUACUCAUAUACGUAUAUUUGUAUAAUCCUCGUACCAAUACACGUAUCCUGGUCAAUUUGGUCAUUGGUUGCCCAUGAUUCUUUCGAGAAUCCGAUCGAAAUCCUUCGAAAUUCCAGCGACGCCCAUCAUUAGUCAUGUAAAUGACAAAAUAAAUAAAAAAAUUAUACGUUCUCUUUUUCGUACGAUUCACGAGUAUUGUAUCAUAGACUGAACUUAAUUUCGCGACAUCGUGAUGGUCGCAUCAUUUUAGAAAUGAUGUUUGCAAUAGAACAUAUUAGAAUGAGCUGAGACUGAAGAAAAAAAUGUUUUUCUAUGCAUGCAAGAGUCAGAUGAUAGAAGAAAUCGAUGCUGAUGCGCUUGAUUUGUCUAGCAAGCUAUUGAAAAAGAAUGUCUCUAAAUUUAUAUAUUAUUAGAAAAAGAAAUAAAAUAAAAUAAAAUAAACAAAGAAAAGAAGUUAAGUCAGGAAGUAGAAAUUACUCUACUGUCCGUGCUAUUAGCCAGAACUUCUUUCAAUAGCUUUGUGGUAGUAUUCUUCGCCAAUAAGAUGUUCCACAUAUAUAUUAUAUUCGACAUUAUCGAUAUUCUUUAAUUUCAAAUUCUACGUUCGAUUUUUCCAUUCGAUUUUUUUAAUUCUCCUAUUACAUUUGGAUUCACACACGAAUAAAUUUUCUAUUAAAUUAAAAAAAAUUGUACAAUUAGAAUAAGCUUUCGAGAACGUAAUAGGAGAGUAAAAAAAUAAUCGCAAUUAUAUCCUGAUCUCUCUGUCGGCAAGAACUUAAACGAGAAAGAAAUUGGAUUAAACGUUAAUUUUAAGUCGGGAAUAUCUUUCGGCAGCCACCACUUUGGAUACAAACGAGAAUUACCUACAUUUCGAUGUCAUCGUCAGUUCUCUUCAAUUUGACAUUUUUCUAUUCAUUCCCAUGUAUUAUUAAUGUGCGUAGAUGUUCGAAGUUAGCGGGUUACUUUUUUUUUAAAGGCGCAUCGUUCACUUCGCAUCGUUCAAUUGGCCAUUUGUCAGGCCAGUGAGUUAUCUUCGAAGUAAUAUUCCCACAAAUAUCGAUCGUGGAUGAACGAUAUUUGGAUGGAGCGCGCAUGCAUAUCACACGUAUAAACGGACGAGCGUUGAUUACAAAUUAUUAGAGAUUUUUAUUUUUUUUAUUUUUUUUUGUUGAGCGAAAGAAAAGCAACCAAAGAGAAACGAAACCUCUGUUUAAAGUCUACUCUGUUCAUGAAAGUGAUAUAAAAUAACCGUAUAUUUAAUCGAAUAUGCAGGCGAGUAAACUUAAGUAACCCGGUACCGCUAGAAGCACGUAUUUUCUAACGAGUGUGUAUAAUCUAUACUGUAUAUUCGGGCACGCAGGUGCCUCUUGCGAUUGUGAAUGAAAUAAAUAAAUCGGUACCAUAUAGAA